AUGGACCCUCGAUUCGUCCACGUGGUUCAUGCUGAGGAUGAUGCUGUGGGCAGAAGUGUCGUGACAGUCACAGUUACCAACAGUGGGCCCGAUAUCAUCCUGGCUGUCCUACAACAGAUGAGGCCAAAAGUCCCUGUGCAACAAAUGAGUAACUUCCCCCAGGGUUCUUUCUUCACUUUUAGCCUCUCGGCCUGCCCCGGGCGCCCGCCCACGCUGCACAUCGUGCCCUGCUCCGACUACGUCUGCUGCCACAUCUCCAUGGCCGUGCGCCUCAUCCCUGCCAUCCCCCUCGGCGACGCGCUCUACCUCACGGCCCUGCCGCCCGAGGGCCCGCAGGGCCCCCCGGCCCCCGAGGCCCUCUGGGGCCUCAACGCCUCGCGGCAGGAGCAGCGGCUGCUGAGCUGGCUGAAGGAGCAGGCCCCGGCCUCCUCCUGCCACCUCAAGUGCCUGCAGAUCCUCAAGGGCCUGCGGGACCUCCGCGGGCAGGGCCUGGAGGAGCCCUUCUGCUCCCAGUGGGGCCGGGUGCUCUCCUCCUACGUGCUCAAGACGGCCCUCUUCUCUCUGCUGCUGCGGGGGCCCUUGGAGGCCUGGGACGAGCGGUUCCUGGUGGAGCGGCUGGAGGACCUGGUGCUGUACCUCAGGGACUGCCUGCGCAAGCAGGUGCUGAUGCAUUUCUUCCUGGGCAACGCCAGCCUGCCGGAGGCCGUGGCGCUGCCCCGCUUCCUCAAGGAAGCCGCCCCCGUGAACUUGCUGGCCGCCUUUGACGGGCCCACGCUGGACCUGGCCGCCUUCCAGCUGAUCAACACCUGGAUCCAGGCCCCACACCUCAUCAGGAUGUACAGCAGCCCCCGGUACUUGCGACCGGUGCCCGCCCCAUGCCGGCACAUCGCCGAGGCCAGGCAGGAGCCGCCGGGAGAGUGA